AUGUCUUCCAACGUCGGUCUUACAACACCUAGAGGAAGUGGAACUUCAGGUUAUGUCCAAAGAAAUCUUGCGCAUAUCAAACCCCGCGAUCAAGGCAAGCCAUAUCCUACGGAUAUCGACAGUCUUAGACACAGACAACGACAACCAGAUAAAGGAAUCCUUGAGCAUGAUAGAAAACGAGAAGUCGAGGUCAAGGUGUUUGAGCUGCGCGACAAAUUAGAGGAAGAGGGAGUCGAUGAAGAAGAAAUUGAAAUACAGGAAGAGGCAUUGCGUAAGAAGCUAUUGAAGGAGAUGGAAAGAGGUAAUGGACCAAGCAGGAAAGGUUUAAAGAUGCAUCAAGUCCAUGAAUUGGCAGAAGCAAAGAUCAAGCAAGAUAAUAAGUUCAGGAGUGCCUUGGGUAUUUCUAAGGACUACAAGGAGGGUGGCCACUGGCAGAAGCAGGAAGAGAGACAAAAAGCUGCAAUGGAAAAGAAUGGCGAAGGAUCUGCAGCUCCAUCCGAUAGAUGA